GGACUUCAUUCCUCUCCAGCGAGAGGUUGGCAGGAGUUCUUAUUCAACUCAAGGGCGUCACUGGUGUUUGUCAAAUCGACUUUUUCUUCCUGCUGAAUUCUAAUUGAAGGAGACAGUCCCCCAACGGUGUCGCUCUGGCAACUGAAUUAUGUUUGAUAAUUCACAGUAUCCAUAUAAUUGUUUUAAUUAUGAUGGAGAUGGCUACCCCCCAUGUAGCUCUGAUGAGGAGAAAAAAAUAUGCAGACCUGCCUACAGUUACAUAGCGCUUAUAGCCAUGGCUAUCCAGCAGAGCCCGGAGAACAGAGUGACCCUGUCAGGGAUCUACGAGUUCAUCAUGAAGCGGUUCCCCUACUACAGGUCCAACCAGAGGGCCUGGCAGAACUCUAUCCGCCACAACCUCUCCCUCAACAGCUGCUUCAUCAAGGUGCCCCGCACAGAAGGCAACGAGAAGGGAAAGGGCAAUUUCUGGACGUUUGCCUCGGGCUGUGAGUCCAUGCUGGACCUUUUCGAGAACGGCAACUUCCGCCGUCGGCGGCGGCGCCGCAACCUGAAGGUGGGCUUUCGCGAGCCGGACGCCCCGCGUCCCCGGGACUCGGAGCCCUUCUGCCCGUCGGCCCCUUGCCACCGAUCGGGUCAGCUCAACGCGGCGCUGAGCAAGCCUGAGCCGGAGAUCAAGUUCAGCAUCGACUACAUCCUGUCCACCCCGGACCCCCACCCCGGCUUCAGACCCCACCACCACUGUGGCGCUGCUGCCGCCGCCGGACCCUCCAUAGCGCUGUUGGAGCCCCAGCACCUCAACCUACACUUCUGGACCCUGUGACCCCAUGUCUGGAUAUUCAUCAUCUCUGUAGCGAGCAGAUCCUCCUGCCUGACCUGCCGAAACAAAUUGAGAACAAAGUGGGAGCACACAGACUUGUGGUACGGUAAACACUGUAGAAAUGUACAGAAUUUACAUAAUAGAGACUAUAUCCUGCAAAAACAAAAAAAUGUAUACAUUCCCCUCAUGUCCCCUUGCUGUGCUGAAGGAAGCUAUUAGUGUGGGUAGAGUGGGUGGUCUGCCACUUGACCAUAUCUAUACCAGUCAUUAGUCCACAGAAGUAAUCAGAAAACAGUAGUAUUUAGCCGCAAUCUUUCACUUUGUGGUUAAAGAUCAGUGCUGGAGCACAGUUGACCAUUCCUCUGAGUACCUUUCCCCUCAGCACUGGUUUAUCUAAACGCAUCUAAUCUCAUUUACGAAUGUAUCUAACUCCUUCAUGUUCUUUAACCAUGUUCAUCGUCAGAAGAACAUGGUUGCUAUGAGAAGUAUCACUGUGUGUCCAAUAUUAGGACAACGCUCUAUUUUAUCCAGAAAGUUCUACAUGUUUAUCUUGCAGAACACAGCACAACGUUGUUGAAGGGAUCUAUUGGCUCUUAAACAAGAUAGAUACACAUGGUCAUGCAAUAUGUAUGUAUUUCAGCCUUAAUAUUUUGUGACAAAUAUUAUCAUAGAAAACUUACUAAACUGCAGAAAAGUGGAAAUCAAUUUACAUGCUCAAUGAUAAAAAAAAAGAUUAUGUGAGGAGGACAUUAAUGUGGGCCUUAUACACAAAAUGGGAUAUACACAAAAAGUCUUGAAAAAAUCAGCUUCACUACAAUAUUUGGUUGAUUGCUGCCACUCUAUAGAUUCCAUACCAGCCAGCCUAUGCACUACAGCCAGCUUUAUUUGAAAGCAGGCAGAGUAGCAUCUCCAGUGGUGUUUUUAUUGUUUCAGUAUCUGGACAUAGUCUUGGAGAUGUGUUAUUGCAGUUCCUUUAAAAAAAAACCACCUUGUAUUACAAAACACCGAUAGCGCAGUAAUGACUUCAGAGAAGGGAACAAAAAUGUGUACAAAGUUGGAUAAGAACCAUGUUUAUGUUUACACCAGGCUUAUCUCCAAACACCAUGAUGUUUACAGCUUAUGAAGAGGCCAAACCGUUCUGCUGCGCAUUAUAUAUCGGUGUUUUUUUAUUUAAAUAGGUUAUGUCCAACAUAAAGAUAGGCAACACUGUGGUCUUGUUCCUAGAUGAUUUAGGUGUGGAAUUGGGUGUCUCUGCGGUGAAAAGUUGAUAUAACUGAAUGUUCAGUUACCGCAUCAUAUUUGUAAAUACUUGUAAAGUGAGCGUGUUUUUGUUGUAUUAUAAACGAUUGUUUGAA